AUGUCGAAGCUCGUCAGUGUCAUCCUGCGCAGCAUUGCGCUGAUCUGGACAUUGAUCAUCACCGCCCUCAUUGGCAAUGUCAUCGCCUCCAACCGAAAUGGGCACAUGCUGUCCAUCAACUUCACCAUCUUCGUGGCUGCUUGGUCCUGGGUUGCCCUGCUCUAUGGCAUGUUUGCAACCUUCAUCGAGAGCAUCCUCGUGCCCGUCCUCCUCCUCUUCCUGGACGGCCUUGCCACUGUGCUCACCUUCAUCUGCGCCAUAGUCUUGUCCGCCAAGCUGCGUGCUCCCAACUGUGGCAACAUUCCUAACCAGCACUUGCCCGCCAGCUGGAUCGGCUUUGGCGAUUUCCCUCAUGACGAGAAGAGGUGCCGCGAGAUCCAGGCCAGCACUGCCUUCAUGUGGUUCCUCUGGGUGUGCUUCAUGGUCAUCUUCAUCUUCGGCAUCAUUGACGGACGGACUGGCGGCUUCGGCGGCGGCUCCUCACGAUUCUCGCGUUCAAGUCGCUCUACUCGCACCACUGCACCUACCAUGUCUCAGGUCUAA